AUGUCUAGCUCAUCAGCCGAAAUUUUCGCUUCAUUAUACAGCUUUUUAAAAACCUCUUCCUUAGAUAAAAUAACCACUUCUAGUAUAAUCACCCAGCAGUGGAAUUGUUCCAAAAUUCAAUCAGAAAACGAAGACCUCGAUUGUCUUAUGGAGAUCUUAAAGGAUAUAGAAAAUGAAGUUAACGAUAAAGAGCGUAAACAACAUCUUAAAUCUUUGCAGAAUAUUAACCAAAUGCGAUUCAUUAGAAAUGAGCUAGUUUCAUUAAAAGACAUGGGAUUCUUACGAGGAAAAUUCGAAGAAGAAGUAAAUUGGAAAACUGUAACAUUAAAGAAUAUAAUGCUUUUGAAAGAUAAAAUCAAAAAGAAAGAAACACCGGCACACGAACAUAUUCUUACAAUAAUAAACAAUAUUGAUAUUAAUAAAAUAUCAAACGAUGAUCCGAUAUGUAUUGGGGUAAUAGACCUUAGCUCGGAGAAAUAUAAUAUACUGGAAAGUAAUUAUGAAUCCCUUGUUGGAGAGAAGGCCAACAUAAGAAACUUAAGCAAAGAUGCGGGA